AUGACGCCUGGUGAGGUGGACGAGGCGCUCAAGCAGUACCAGGAGCUGAGCGAGAAGCAGCAGCGCGGCGAGACGGGCGAGACGACGGACCGUGGCAUGCUGGGCGACAUGAUCCUCAACUUCCGCUUGCCCAGCAUCAUGGAGUUCCUCACCCUGAUGGGCUCCAACAGAAUGCACUACGUGCCGGUCGCGCCGGGGCCAGCGCCGCCGAUGUACCCCCCGCCUCCAAUGUACAGUCCCUAUGGCUACCCCGUCUACCCAGGGGCCAAGUACAAGGCCAAGGAAGACCCGUCCAGCGCAACGGAGCAGAGCUGA